AGAGUAAGCAUCCACAAAGCUGAGUACGUUCUACAAAUCCUAGAUUUAGGACUUUGCUCAACAAGAGUCGUUUCAGAUCUCAGGGCCAGUCUCUCGUCUUCAAGCGCGUGUCUAGGGCAUUCUUCAAUCUGUCCUUACGCCUUGCAGCCGGGUUUCCUCAAUCUCGUCGGCUUCGCAUGCAUGUUGACUCCAAUGAAGAAGAAGAAGAUGUCCUAAUCUAUCCGUACUACCAAAACACACUGCUUGGACUGUUUAAAGAUGAUACAAACAUUUCUGAUGCAUCACGGAAGAUGAUCUUGCGACACACAGGGGAAGCCAUACAAGAGUUACAUAGCGAGGACUGGAUACACAUCGACUUCAAGCCUGACAAUAUACUGGUCAAUUGGACGUGCGACGAAGAGGGUACCAAGACAAUCACCAACGUCGCUUUAGGUGACUUCGACCUUGCUUUCAAAUUAGAACCAGGCGCGCUGCUUCAUACCGCUCAUGCAGUAGGCAAUGCAAUGUGGCGUAGCCCAGAAGGACAGACUGGGAGAGGUUUAUCCAAGGCAUCCGACGUUUACUCCUUCGGACUGGUUUGCCUAUAUGCCCUCGGAGCUGGGGAAACGAUACUCAUCAACGAUUACCAGGAACUUGCGAAGCUCGGCAUCACCCCGGAGCAAGAAAUCCUAACGCGACACUUUUCUUACUUCGGCUCGGCAAACGACGGCCUUCUCAAGCAGAUUGAUAGCGAAAAGUGGUCAAAGGCUCUUAAACUGGCAUCUCAAAUGGCUGAGCUGGCGGUGGAAGACCAGCCGGAAAUGAGGUUUGACGUGUGGGGUCAGGAACUGGGUUCUGGGGCGCAGGAUAUGAUAGCGGGAAUGAUGAAGCCUGAUCCAAGGGCUAGGGCGACAAUAGAUGAUGUUUUGGCGCAUUCGUGGUGGGAUGAGGUGGCUUGA